AUGGCGUCGCCUCAGGAUAUCAAUCGCACAGUCUCUACACGCCCAUUUCGGUUUCUCGAUCUCCCUUACUCUGUCCGCGAGGAGAUCUACAAGGAUGUCGUCGGCUCACGCGAAGUCAUGAUGGGUCUUGACGGUCGUGGCACGGUUACUGACUGCAUGGAGCCUCACCUUGAGCCCGACAGCGUCUGUGCCCACUGGAUGCUCGCAGGUGAAGUUGAUGCCCAGAACAUAAUCGGCAUCUUCUCUGGCCAUAACAAGACGAAGGCGGCGCUUGAGGGCCCAUGCUGGCUCUGCUACAGCGACCCAGAGCAAGGCGACGCGCCCUGCCUGUCGCGCACGCGUCGCAUCGAAGUGCAGCUGCUGCGCGUGUGCCGCGCCAUCUACAACGAGGCGGCCGACGCGCUGUACCGCAGCACUAGCUUCAUGUUCUACCGCCACGAGGUUCUCGAAGCGUUCCUUGACGACACCAGCUUCAAGAAUCUCUCGGUCGUGCGCAACAUCACGCUCGUCACCUGGCGCAAGGGCUUAUUCACCAACGAAGGCAUCCCCGUCAACUCCCAGUGGAGCGACUAUCUCACGUACCAGCAGCUGUCCAGCCUGCAGUCUCUGCAGCACCUCACCGUCGUCCAGCUGGGCCGCAGGAUGAUGCGCGACGGCUUCGGCGAGCCCGGCAAAGGCUUCACCGAGCUCAUCAGCAGCGACCUAGUUCAUAUCAACUGCGGCGAGGAGGGAGGAUUGGAGGACGACGAGUGUUGGCUGGCGGUGCUGGAGGCGGUUCAGCCGAAUUGGGUCAACCCGGUGCACUUGGUCGAGACUGUUCCCCGCAAGCGUAUCCAGGUGCAAGAGGCCGAGGACGUGCUGGUCGGCUUGCAGGAGGAGAUCCUGUUGCUCGCUCUCUUGCUGACGGAUCGCGCCCUGGCGGAUAACAAGCGGAAGAGGUCCCUCACCGUCGCGUUCAAGGCGGCUACGGCGGAGCCUGAAAACACGUUCGAUCUUAAGUGGGCUGUCGACCUCACCAAGGAUAACUCUAAGACGAUCCAGGAGGCUCUGGCCAGGUUUGUGGAUGAUCCCUAG